CUAAACGUUAUCCACGUCAAUCAACCCAUCGCAUCGUAAUGAGGUCGGUUUCCCGAACCGCAAGAUGGCAGCCGACGAAAUAUCUGGCGCUCCUGCGCUUGCGACACCUAAUGCCACUGCGACAACCACUGGGUCCAGCGACAACAAGGGCAAUAACCAUCAGAACGGAGGGCGGCGCAACAACGGCAAGCGGGGCGGCAGAGGCCAGGAUCGCGGAAACGACAAGCCGAGGCAGAAGCGCAAACACGCGGGCUUUGGGAGCGCAAAAGGAGAUGUCCCCGACAAGCGCGAGCAGAUCCAGAACAACCGCGAUGCCAAACGUCGCCGGGUGAUUGCCGAGGAAACAAAUGGCAAUAGCUACAUGAGCAUUGCAUUUACCCCCGAAGAGAUCGCUGCCGAGGAGCGCCGGCCAAAGCGCAAGGUAGCCGUGCUGAUUGGAUACGCCGGCACGGGCUACCACGGCAUUCAAAUCAACCAUAAGGACAAAACGAUCGAGGGAGAAAUAUUCGCUGCCUUUGUUGCAGCAGGGGCCAUUUCAAAGGCGAACGCGGACGACCCCAAGAAAUCCAGUUUGGUUCGCUGCGCAAGGACUGACAAGGGCGUCCACGCAGCCGGCAACGUCCUGUCACUCAAGUUGAUCGUCGAGGACCCCGAUAUCGUCGACAAGAUCAAUGAGCAUCUCCCGGAGCAGAUCAGGGUUUGGGGGAUCCAGCGUACCAGCAAUGGCUUCAGCUGCUAUCAGGCCUGCGACUCCAGGUGGUACGAGUAUCUCAUGCCCAGCUAUUCCUUGCUCCCUCCACAGCCACACAGCUUCCUCGGGAAGAAAAUUGCCGCAUCGGCCAAGGAGAAAGGGGUCUAUGACGAGUACAUGAGCCGCCUGGAUGAUGUGAAGGACUUCUGGGAGGAGGUGGAGAAGAAUGACAUACAGCCCAUUCUCGCGAAGUUGGAUCCCGCCGUCAGAGCAGAGGUCUUGCGGAAGCUCCAUGAUACAGCGGAUCAGGAGCUCAAUGAAGAGGGGAUACCGACAGAAUCCGGUUCCGAAGAUGCAGCACAGGCUGCUCAGGCGGGCGAGUCCAAGGCUGAAACCGGUGCAACUACCGAGGACAGCUCCAUCAAGGAACCGAAGACGGAAAGGGAGCUAACACCUGUGGAAUUGGCACUAAAGGAUGUCAAGGCUGCGUAUGUCGCUGCCAAGCGCCGAUACCGAGUGACUGCACCUCGCAUUGAGAGGCUCCAGCAGGCACUCAACCUUUACCUAGGAACGCGCAACUACCACAACUACACGGUGAUGAAGUCGGCGAAUGACCCAUCUGCCAAGCGGCACAUCAAGUCAUUCGUGGUCAACCCUACACCGAUCCAAAUUCGCGAUACCGAGUGGCUCUCGCUCAAAGUUCACGGCCAAAGCUUCAUGAUGCACCAGAUCCGGAAGAUGGUCGCCAUGGCCGUGAUGGUUGUCCGAUGCGGCGCCCCGCUGGACCUCAUCACCCAGAGUUAUGGGCCGCGGCGGAUCAGCAUCCCCAAGGCGCCCGGUCUGGGGUUAAUGCUCGAGCGCCCAAUGUUUACUGAGUACAACAAGAAAGCGGCGGGGCUCGGCCGGGAGGCGAUCGAUUUUGCGAAAUAUGAGGACCAAAUCACUAAGUUCAAGGAUGAACACAUCUAUAAACGCAUGUUUGAGGUUGAGGAAAAGGAGAACUCAUUCCACCUAUUCUUCAACCAGGUCGACAACUUCCGCACCGACUACUUCCUGUGGGUGACCGCCGGAGGGCUUGAAGCAUCGCACGAGCGCUCCGCCCGGACAGAGAAGGUGCCGAAGGCGUUGGAAGCCGAGCUUGGUGAUGACGCGGAUGGCGUAGAGGAGGUCGGUACAUGACGGCGGCCUAUCUCAAGGCCGUAAUAGAAACUAUGAAUUCUGGUAACAACUGGCACCGACCACAGUUCAUGCACGACACGUUGUCCUCAUGUGUAUGUCCGAUCAUGCCGGUGUCUCCCAUCGCCAUAGCCCUGGGCGCCUGAACUCCUACUCCGGGAAAUCAUAUCCCUGCAGUCCCAUAGAGCCUCAAAACAUAAAACAGCUAACCACAAACUCACUUUCAUCGAACCUAGACAUCACACCCCCCCUUCUUCCUUCUUAACCUUAACA